GAUCAUAACCAAUAGUCGUGACAAAAGGCAAGAAACCGAUUCCACAAGGCAGCAAAAGAAACUAAGAAAGGGCCCUGAGCAAUUCCCCACCGUAGAAGGGUUUUACUAUGUGGCUGGCGUUUAGCCCACAAGAAACGCAGCGUUUUACUCUUCUUAACUCCUGGUUCAGAGAAGCAGAGCGUCACAGAAGAAAUGGAACGUUUAUCAAUGUGCGGUAGUGUUGUUCCAUUUCGAAAAGCCGUUAAAACCGUUAACCACCGCCACAACUUCAACUUCACGGUGAAGAAUAGCCGCACCGGAGAGGACGCUCCCCUCUCCGGUUCUUCCUCCGCUUACUCUAUUCUUGGCGUCCACCCAACUUGCUCGGCCGCCGAGCUCAAAGCCGCUUUCCGAGCCAAAGUGAAGCAGUUUCAUCCUGAUGUUAAUAGGAAUGCAAAAGGUUCUGAUACCAUGAUCCGCCGUGUCAUUCAGGCCUAUGAGAUGCUAUCCAAUUUCAGCCGAUCGGAGAUCAUCGAAGGGGAAUGUUUAGAUCCUUUUGAUAAUCCAGAAUGUGAAGCGUUUGAUGUUUUUGUUAAUGAGGCUCUUUGUGCUGGAAAAGGUUGUCCAUACUCAUGUGUACAAAGAGCUCCUCAUGCCUUCACUUAUGCUUCAACCGGGACUGCAAGAGCGACUUCUCAAGGACAUGGAGAAGAUUACCAAGUGCAGCUUGCAGUUGGUCAGUGCCCAAGAAGUUGCAUUCAUUAUGUUACACCUUCUCAGAGGAUUGUUUUGGAGGAGCUUCUUGACAGCAUCUUGAACAAACCUUAUGAUAGUUCAGCCGAAGCAGAUCUGCUUUACUCUCUUAUAGUUAAAGCCAGCUUUGAGAACAAUCGAUAUCAAAAGCCAAAGAAGCAACCCAAAGCUUCAACACAACAUGUAGAUUGGUUUUGACCCUGUGAUUCUACAACUGAAGGAUUUAAUUUCAGAUGGUGAAUCUGAAUAUGGCUCUGCUUUGUCAGCAUUUCAUACAAAUGAAAUGUACCAGCAUUUCAUACAAAUGAAAUGUACCAGCAUUUCAUCGAUCCUAAACCUGGUCUGACAUACAAGCUUUAUACUCUAAUAUCAAGAGGAUUCAUGAGAUCAGAUGGAAUGGAUUGCUAGAUCAUAUACUGGAUCGAAGAUCCUUAUUUAUGACGACAGAAAUACAAACCUAUUUAGAAGUCAGGAGAGAAGGUAUAGUUUCCUUUCAUCGAAAACAAUGGCAAUGUAGUCUAUUUUUUCUCGCUGGAACGAUUACGUACAAAGCCAAUCAUGCAGACUGCAAUCAGUUUUUGCUUUUUAGUUAUUUGUCAUGUAUACCAGUUAGGCAGUUACAUUGCUAAAUAGAAGUAUCUCUGCCUCAAAGCUAGCU